AUGUCACAUCCGCUCGUGGCUGCGGUGUGGGAACAGCUGGACCGCCGGGAUCUCGAGAAUAUCCUCCACGAAAUUAUCGGAGAGCACGCAGCAAGUCUUGCUUUGAGCUCGGGACAACAUGACCGUGUCUCGACGAUAGAAUCCCUAACAGAGUCCGUGCUAUGGAUACAGACCCUCUUCAAUAGGCAACGGACACAGCUCCAGGGCCUGGCCACCCCGCAAGACUGCCAUCCCUACUACGCGAAUCGUUUAAUUUCAUCGGAUAUCAUCUUCUCGACGCUGAUGUACCUGGCCAAGGUCAAAACGGACCUUUUCCCUUGCUCAAAACCAACUGCUUCCGAGCUUUUGCGGUACCGACAUCUCAUGGGGCACACUUUCCUCGUGGGGAUACGGCUUCUCAUUCUGCGUGGCGAUGCUAUGACUUCAGAGACGAAAUUUAGGCUUGAAAGGGCGAUGCGGUCGGCAUGGGAACAUCCUGACCUGUCACCGUCAGAAAGCUUCCUGAUUAACGAUUUGCUCCCAAAGGCGAUUGCCAGUAUUGGAUCUCAAGAUCUGUUUCACGCGCAGCAAUCACUCCUCACCUCGAGCAAGGCCUACAUUCCUGUUUUCUCUUCUAGAAUUUAUCCCUUCCCCGGCACACCGGACACUCUCGUGACAGACCUCUUGACUGCACUCAUGGGAAAGAAAGACGAUCAACUGACAUCUUUCUGUCUCCUCUUCGAUCUUCUGUGGGCAGCUGAAUCCGCCCUUAUUCAGUAUUACAUGGACCGCCGCCGAAUUUCUCAAGAACAGGGAUACACCAGUGAUGCUGCAUUUGAAGUCGACGAGGCCUUCCAUCAGACUCAGGAUAACCGGAAAAAACUAGCGAGGACUAUUUUGGCGGCCUUUGACGAUGAAUUUAACACACCAUCUCUGCAAGUUCUAGCGACUGUUAUAAUGAGCCAAACUGCCGGUGAACAGGCCCCUUUACAGACCAGAAGGAUUAGAGAUUCAUGGAAUCAAAGUGCGCCGUUACGAGAGUCCACGGAUUCGGCCCUCGGAAUGAUGGUCAGAUGGCUUAUCAACCGCAGGGUUCAAAUGUGGGACUGCAACGAAGAAUCAGCAGCCUUCUCUCAUGACUAUCAACAACAUUUGGCGAAUUGGCUGCAGCUAUCACCUUUCCCGGCCAAGACUAGAAAGGGAAAUGCCAGUGCCGUGUACGUCGUUAACUGUCCUGCAGUCCAUCCAGUUCCCAAGCCCUUGUUAGAGGAACAACUGAGAAGCUCUGACAGAAAAGCGUAUGAAGAAAAGUCCCAAUUUCUCACAAUAGAUACACUGUGUCCAUUAUGCCCCGGAAGGGUCAAGAUACAGCACGCCCGAAUGAUCGAACCGCUUGAGCAGGUGUCGGAUGCUCUAAAUUUUGCCAACUCUGAAAGUGGUGGACGCUAUUCAUUCCCAAACUCAGUAUCCAGGCAUACGGCAUCCCGUUCGAGCUCAAGAACCAAUUCUACGGAUCGGUUGUCGCGUAUGGAUUCCCUUGAGGCUCUGAGAAGCCCCGUGUCACCAAUUUCACAGAGCCUAUCCUUUUUUAAACUAUCAGGCAAAGGCCACUCGCCUACCAUGCCUGAUACCACAAACAUAUUCAUGACGCGUCCUAGAACAGGCCAACCGCAAGAGAAGCAGUUGAUCAGAUCUUUAUCAAAAGAUCUCAAGAGUGUGACGCUUUCUCUAACGGGGAGUACCUCACUAUUUAGGAGAAACUCAUCGAAAGGGCACCACCUUCCUCGGCAGACCAAAUUUUGCUUUUCGACAUCAGGACAGUCUCUCCUACUCUGGGAGCCAGCCAGCAGCUAUGUGAUGCGUUUUGAAAUCAACACCAUGGAUGGCAUAAAGGCUAGAUGCCACCGGUACGAUGUAACCGGAGUGCAACAUGCCGCAGCGGGGCAUCAAUUAUGUGCUAUUAUUGCUUCUGCAGCAGAGCAUUACGAGCUCCUGAUAUUCCGAAACAAAAGCGCUAUUCCUGAAGCAUACCUGACUAUUGAGACGCCCCACCCAUAUUCGCCCGUUAGCUGCAUGGUUAUGUCUCGUGAUGAUCGAUAUGUGGCCUUUACCCUCAAAGACCAUGUUCGAGUAUAUGAGAUUGGCGCUUUUGGCAUCCGUCAGGUUCUACUGGGUGGUAAAACAGACUAUUAUGCCAUUGACAAUACUACCAGAGAACCACAUCUCAAUGGCAAUCAUAAGGUGGAGACAACCGGUCAAGAUAAAAGGAGCACAGAAGAAGUUAUUGCCACAAGGCUGCAGUUCUCCAUCGAUGGCCGACGCUUCAUUGUCGCGACACACCUCGGGAACCAAUACGCUUAUGUUGAUAUAUGGAAUUGUAUUGAACAAGAAUGGAAGCUGGAGCCAGGUGGCUCGAAAUAUUUUAAGCUCCCACCUUGGACAAGCGAUGAUGGAGAUCUUACCUGCGUUUUCUAUGACAGUUUUAACGAAACUAUUGUUCUCACAGCGUUCAUCGGGAGAGAAUAUCCAAUAUCAUAUUCUCUUUCCGGUGACAAAUUUACCAGUGACCCGGUUAGCCCCAGGAUUGUACACGCUGCCCAAUCGCCUUCAGGCUCACGCUUUGUUAUGGCAAACGGUAUGAAGCAGAUGUAUCUGUGCGACGCAACCGCUAGCGGGUCCCUCAUCCCAACGAAAAUGAAGAAGGCCAUAUCUAAAAUAAACCCUUCAGCCUUUCGGCCAGACCAGUUGGCAUUUUCAUUCCCUGGUGAAAACGAGGUGUUUGCAUUCUGGGCGAAGGAGGGUAAGCUGAUGCUCAGAACGAUCAGUUUGCACACCGGCGGCGAGGCCGUCAGCGAUUAUGACCUACGGCCAGAAUUCGACCGACUGAUAGCCGAACGUCCACUUAUUACUGACUUCCACAGGCCGCGUCACCAGCCAUCAUCACUGUCACGGCAGGUUGAUUCGGAAAUAGAAGGGCUUCAGUCCAUCCCUAGGCCGAAUCUCCCGGAAUUACCGGCCAUCUAG